CCAACACUGGGAGUUUUUAAGAAGAGAUUGGAUAACCAUUUGCCUGAAGUGAUGUAGGGUUUCCUGCCUGGGCAGGGGGUUGGACUAGAAGACCUCCAAGGUCCCUUCCAACUGUUAUUCUAUUCUAAGUUUAGGGUUGGAUUUCUGUUGAGAGCAUCUGGAACAUCCACAGUUCGGAGGAUCUGGGUUUCCUGGCUUGGGAAGCCAUCCUUCCAGGGUUUGGAGGAAGGGAAAUAGUCCCUUCUGACGCAAUCCAAAGGUUCAGGCUGAUCUGCGCCUCUUGUGCCAAUAUCAGAGUCUUUGCAAAGUGGCACCUUGGAUACAUAGUUUUUUUUUAAAAAAAUCCCACAAACUUCAAGAUUUCUUAAGUUUCAAAACAAACUUGCAUAUCCUUUGUAAUGUGUGCCCGUGGUGGAAGUGGUACAUGUGUUAAUGUCCAGGAUUUAUUUUUUUCCACCCAUUGCAAUUAUCUUUCAUCAGCAGUUGCAUGGGAUCUAAUGUUUUUGCUUUUAAUCCCUGCAAGCCACCCUUGUGGAUAUUUUUCAGGAAGGUAAAUUGUAAACAUAUUAAAUAAUGAAAGGUUCCUGUCAGUGCUUUGGAUUAUAGUUUUCUACACUGCUUCAUCUUAGCCUGCAAGCUGGACAUUCGGUAAUUCCCAAAGAAACCAGUCAUGGAGGGGAGAAAUGCCUCAUUCUUCAAGAUGGCUGAAGGGGUCUCUCCUUGCGAUUCUAAUCCCAUGAAUGAAAGUUGCUUUGCAGAUUCAGAAGAGCGCUUGGAUUUAUUUGGAAAAAUGGCAAGAACUCAGCAGGACAUUCUGAAAGAAGAAACCACACAUUGCGCUAUCCAUCGUUGCCCUUUCAGGGAGUUCUGUUGCCAGGAAGCUGAAGGACUCCGAGAAGUAUGCCGCCAACUCCACCGUCUUUAUGAUCGGUGGCUGAGCCAAGAGGACCACAGGAAAACUCAGAUGAUGGAUUUGGUGGUCGUGCCACUGGCCACCCUGUCCCAGGUGGAGAACUGUGGCUGGAUGUGUAGAACAGAGACCAGCUCUCCAGAAAUGGGUCUGGCUGAAAGUUUCCUCUUGAGCCAAGUGGAGCAGAAAAUGCAGCAAAAACAGCAGGUUCGUGCGCCGUUCAUGAAGAUGGACACCCAAGGUUCUGAAGCAUUAUGGGGGGUGUCACAUCUCCCUCCAGAAAUUGUCUUCAGGAAGAUAUCCCAGGAGGAUCCAUCUCAGGAGACUUCAUCAGAAAAUGGAGCAAUAGUGACUGUACCAAUGAAAAGGUCUCUUCUUUGCGGUGGUGCAGAAACAAGGGUUGUACUUCCCACUCAGGUUCUGGUGUCCUUUGAAGAUGUAACUGUGUUUUUCUCUGAGGAGGAGUGGGCUCUGCUGGAUUUUGACCAAAAAUCACUGUAUAGAGAGGUCAUGCUGGAAAAUGCUAAGAAUGUGGAGUCCAUGGUUGACAAGCAGGAACCAGAGAAUUAUAAAGAAUCGGAUGUGAAUUCUUUGAAACAAACUGAAAUUGGAGAAGGGAUAUUGCAAAAUCGGGAGGAGCCAAACAUGAUUGAAAACCAGUUGAACAACAGGAUGGAGAAAUCCUCUAAUUUUAAGUAUGGAGAAAAUCGCACCUUCCAUAUGCAACAUCACAAAGAAAAAGGGAGCUAUGUAAAGGCUGAAAAAAUGUCCAUCCAUAAAUCAGACGUCCAUGAAUAUAGCAGUAUCUAUACUAAAGCGAAGCAGCCUAAAUGUAAAGAACAUGGAAAAAAUCAUUCGAAUCUCUGUCUUACUUUACAUCAAAGCAUUGGGAUACCAAAAUCACGUAAGAGUUCAAACAGUGGAAAAAGCUUUAAUGGGAGCAGUACUUUUAACUCCCAGAAAACCGUUCAUAGUGUGGAGAAGUCAUAUAAAAGCAGAGAACCCAGAACACAUUUCUAUACAAGCAAUGAUCAUGUUGUGCACAAAAAGUCCAAUCCAGGAAAGAAACCUUAUAAAUGCAUGGAUUGUGGAAAGAGGUUCUGUACAAGUAUUGAUCUUACUUCACAUAAAAGUAUCCACACAGAGGAUAAGCCACUUAGAUGCACAAACUGUGGAAAGAGCCUCACCACAAGCAGUUCCCUUACUGCGCAUAAAAGGAUCCACAUGGGAGAUAAACAACAUAAGUGCACGGAAUGUGGAAAGCAUUUCAGCCAGAGUGCUUCGCCUAAUUCCCAGAAGCUGAUCCAUACAGGGAUGAAGCCAUAUCAGUGCUCGGCAUGCAGGAAGCGAUUUUGUACAAGCAGUGAUCUCAUCUCCCAUAAGAGGAUGCACACAGGGGAGAAACACACAUUUAAAUGCCUGAAGUGUGGAAAAAACUUUACAGUGAGACGUGGUCUUAUUUCCCAUGAAAGAAUUCACACAAAGGAGAAAGCGUAUAAAUGCAGGGUGUGUGGAAAGACCUUUGUAAGUAGAAGUGAUCUUACUUCCCAUAAGAGGAGCCACAUGGGGAAAAAAACAUAUCAAUGCUCAGAGUGUGGGAAAGGCUUCAGUUGGAGCAGUAACCUUACCUCCCAUAAAAGGAUCCACACAGGGGAAAAGCCCUAUCAAUGCGUGGAGUGCCCAAAGAGCUUCAGAGACAUGAGUUCCUUUACUUCCCAUAAAAGGUUCCAUACGGGGGAGAAACCAUACAAAUGUACGGAGUGUGGAAAGAGCUUUAGUCAAAACAGUCAACUUACUUCCCAUAAAAGGGUUCACACAGGGGAGAAACCGUAUAAGUGUACAGACUGUGGAAAGAGCUUCACCACAAGUGGUUCUCUUACUGCCCAUAAAAGGAAUCACACAGGAGAGAAACCAUUUAAGUGCACGGACUGUGGAAAGAGCUUCAGCCAGAGUUCUUCCCUUACUUCUCAUGAAAAGAUCCAUACAGGGAUCAGACCCUUCCAAUGCUUGCAAUGUGAAAAGAGAUUUGGUACAAGCAGUGAUCUCAUUUCCCAUAAAAGGAUCCAUACAGGGGAGAAACCAUUUAAAUGUCUGGAGUGUGGAAAAAGCUUUACAAUGAGACGUGGUCUUACUUCCCAUGAAAGGAUCCACACGGGGGAGAAACCGUAUCAAUGCACAGAUUGUGGAAAGUGCUUUAUAAGCAGAAGUGAUCUUACCUCCCAUAAAAGGAUCCACACAGGGGAGAAACCGUAUCAAUGCACGGAGUGUGGGAAAAGCUUCAGUUGGAGCAGUAACCUUACUUCACAUAAAAGAAUUCACACAGGAGAAAAACCAUAUAAAUGUAUGGAGUGUGGGAAGAGUUUCAGCCAGAGCACUUCCCUGACUUCCCAUGAAAGGAUCCACACAGGGAUGAAACCGUAUCAAUGCAUGGAGUGUGGGAAGAGAUUCAGUACAAGCAGUGAACUCAUUUCCCAUAAAAGGAUCCACACAGGGGAGAAACCUUACCAGUGCGUGGACUGUGGAAGGAGUUUUAGAGACUUGAGUUCCUUUACUUCUCAUAAAAGGUUCCACACUGGAGAGAAGCCCUACAAAUGCAUGGAGUGUGGAAAGAGCUUUACUCAAAGCAGUCAGUUUACCUGCCAUAAAAGGAUCCACACAGGGGAGAAGCCAUACAAAUGCACAGAUUGUGGAAAGUGCUUUAUAAGUAGAAGUGAUCUUACUUCCCAUAAAAGGAUCCACACAGGUGAGAAGCCGUAUCAAUGCAUGGAGUGUGGCAAAAGCUUCAGCUGGAGUAAUAACCUUACCAGUCAUCAAAGGAUCCAUACAGGGGAGAAACCAUAUAAGUGCAUGGAGUGUGGAAAGAGUUUCAAUCAGAGCACUUCCCUGACUUCCCAUGAAAGGAUCCACACAGGGAUGAAACCGUAUCAGUGCAUGGAGUGUGGAAAGAGCUUCAAUACGAGCAGUGAACUCAUUUCCCAUAAAAGGAUCCACACAGGAGAGAAGCCAUAUAAAUGCACAGCGUGUGGAAAGAGCUUCCGCAAGAGUACUGAUCUUAUUUCUCAUGAAAGGAUCCACACAGGAGAGAAGCCAUACAGAUGUACAGAGUGUGGGAAAUGCUUCAGCCAACACAGAAAUCUGUCCUGCCAUAAAAGGAUCCACACAGGGGAGAAGCCAUACAAAUGCACAGAUUGUGGAAAGAGCUUCACCACCAGUGGUUCCCUCACUGCCCAUAAAAGGAUCCACACGGGGGAGAAACCAUAUAAGUGCACGGAAUGCGGGAAGAGUUUCAGCCAAAGUGCUUCCCUUAGUUCCCAUGAAAGGAUCCAUACUGGGAUGAAACCGUAUUCGUGCCUGGAUUGUGGAAAGAAAUUCAGUAAAAGCAGCCACCUUAGUUCUCAUAAGAAGAUCCACUCUGGGGAGAAGCUGUAUAAAUGCUCAGACUGUGAAAAGAGCUUUCACACAAGCAGUUCCCUGAUAUCACAUAAGAGGAUCCACUCUGGUGAGAAACCAUACCAUUGCACUGACUGUGGAAAGUGUUUCAAUACAAGCAGUUCCCUCAGUUCACAUAGGAGGAUCCACACAGGAGAGAAACCAUAUGAGUGCCAGGAGUGUGGAAAGAGUUUCAGUCACAACACUUCCCUCUCUUUUCAUAAAAGGAGCCACACAAAGAAGAACCCACCUGCCUGCAUAUAAUAAGCAAGGAACUUCUUUCAGAGUAUGAACUUCUGAUAAAAGAAGUUACAUGGAGGAAAGGCUCAGUACAUGCAUGCAAUAGGGAAAGAACUUUAAGUGAUUCCAUUUCUGAUCAAUAUGCCAAAAUUAAAAGGGAAUGGAUUAUUUAAUUCGAGAAAAUUAGUUAGAGUGAAAGGUGGCGAAGAGAAGAAAUUGAAUGGAUGGGCCAGAUGAAAAAGAUUUGGAAGAGCUUCAAGUUAUUACAAGAGGAAGGCCAAGAUCUUGUCUGUGUUGUA